AUGGCGAGCUUCGCCGCAGCUGGCCGGCUCUCGCUGAGGCUGGCCGGACGCCGGUGGGCGCAGCCGUCGCGAGGCUUCAACGCGGCAGCGCGUCUGGCUGUGGCACAGAACAUGACGAUGCCGGCACUGUCCCCGACAAUGACGGAGGGCAGCAUCGCGGCGUGGCGUGUCAAGGAGGGCGACAAGUACUCGGUGGGCGACGUGCUGCUCGAGAUCGAGACAGACAAGGCGACGAUGGACGUCGAGGCACAGGACGACGGCAUCCUCUUCAAGAUUGUGCAGCCCGACGGCAGCAAGGGCGUGCAAGUGGGUACGCGGAUUGCCGUGCUGGCCGAGGCCGACGACGACAUUGCCAUGCUCAACAUGCCCGCCGACGAGGCCCCGGCAAAGAGCCAGAACCAGAGUGCGUCGUCAGAGGCCCCGGCGCCCGCGAGACAAGCGGAGGCUGCCGCUCCCGCACCGAAAGCCGAGUCCACGUCGUCCGCCUCGGCAAAGAAGGGCGCUGCCGCGCCCCAGAACCGCCCACUCUACCCGUCCGUCGCAUACUUGAUUAAGCAAAACGGCCUCGACCCAGCGGCCGUCGUGGGCGACAUGACACCCACGGGCCCGGGCGGCCGCCUGCUCAAGGGCGAUGUGCUGGCGUACCUGGGCAAGGUGGCGGCGGACGUGCCGUCCGCGCUGGAGUCGCGCUUUGAGCACCUAUCGCACCUCGACCUGAGCAACAUCAAGAUCAAAGAGACGCCCAAGCCCGCGGCACCAGCAGCAUCCGACGCGGCCGCGCCCGCCAAAGACGCCGCGCCGGCACCUCCCCGGACGACGUCUGUCUCCCUCCCGGUAUCGCUGGCUGCCGUGCUCGACGCCCAGGACAAGAUCCAGUCGUCGCUCGGCGUCUUCAUGCCCGUGUCCACGUUUGUCUCGCGCGCCACCGAGGUCGCCAACGACGAGCUGCCGCGGACCGGCCCGGCGCCGGCCCCGUCGGCCUCGCAGCUGUUUGACGCGCUCGUGUCGCCCAGAAGCAGCGCCGCCCAACGCCAGUCCGCCGCGUCCAAGGUGUCCCGUGGCCACUUCCGCCCGCAAAUCUCGGCGCUCCCCACGACGGCCUCCUCGGCUGCGCCCAAGACAAAGAAGCGUGCCGGCGCGGUCGACGUGCUGGACAUUUUGUCCGGCAAGGUCAAGGCCACCACACCGGCCCGCCCUGCUUCGUCCGUCCAGCGCCAGCCGGCGGCCGUAUCGACGGGCAUCAACUUCUUUACCGUGUCGGUGCCACAGGCCGAAAAGAAGCGGGCCCAGGUCUUCUUGGAGCGGCUCAAGGUUGUCCUGGAGAAUGAGCCUGGCCGGCUGGUCCUGUAG